UAAUGCAAACAAAUAGAAAAAUUAUACAUAUUAUCUAAAUACAAAGGGAAUAAAUAUUUUAAAACUUGAAGGUUUGUUGAUACUCUGAAAAUGUUUACCAGGUGUUGGUCUAUCGAAGUGGUAUUGGUGACUUCUUUGUCGGAUGUUUCUUCUGUGUUGAGCUUAGUGGUCCCUUCACAAACAUGAGAGUUAUUCUUAGCAGACUUGGACUGAAAUAUUCAAGAUGGUACUUAGUCAACGGAAUUGCCAUGAUUUUGUCCUUUGCGCUGUGCCGAGUGGUGGUAUUUCCCUAUAUGUACCUAGCAUAUGGGGCACAGUAUGGCCUAAGCAUUUUCGAGGUUGUGAAGAAAAUUCCUCUUCACUGUAAUUUCGGCUGCCUCAUGGUUCUCAUACCUCAGUUGCAUUGGCUGAGGCUCAUGAUACUAGGAGCUAUUAAAAUGUUUUCGGGGAAAAAAUUGUCUGAAGCCGAAGAAAAGAUUGAUUAAACGUAAUGUAUGGUAAUGCAUUUUGCUGAUUGUGCUCUCUCUGUUUUUGUAUAAAGCAUGUAAGUUAUUGAUUACUGUUAAAAAGGAGCUGUGAAAGAACAUUCUCCUUGUAAUGAAAAUAUACAAUUUUUAGUUUAUUUAUUUUUUCAUAUUAAAUUCAGCUAUUGUGCUUUGUUCUUUAUCAGUGAGAGGUUUGAAAAUAUCAGGGAUUAUAUAAACUAUCUUUCACAUAUAACUGUUCUACCUCAGUGUGUACGUGUUGCAGAUUUGCAUUUAUUGUACAAGCUUGUAAAGUAGAUAAAAAAAAAAGCAGAACAAACAUUGAAAUUUAUACUGUGAGAUUUAGGAAAUAAUAGCACAUGAUAACAAACACCAUCAAAUUAAACUGACAUAUUGAAAUUGUAUAUACUUUUGCAAAUUUAAUUUAAUUUUAUAAACCUGGCAACUCAAGUCAGUGUAGAAAAAUAUUUUUAUAAAACAUAAAAGUGUGUGUUAAUAACCUUUAUUUAGAAUGGCUGAAAACCAAUAGGUGUUAUAAGAUUAUAUACUUAUAAACAUUUUUGUAAAUAAUUUUUAAAUAUAUUACAAGUACAGAUUU